UUUGUUUAAAGUUUUGUGCAUACUUUGUGUAUAGAUUUGCAGUUAUAAGAAAAAUUAUGAUACGCUUACGAUGGCUAUCAGUAGCUUGCUCAAAAGGAAUAUAAAAUAAAAAUAUAUCAGCAUAAAGAAAUAAAAACAUUCGAGAAGUGUUUCAUCACAUAACCUUACUUUUUUAAAACGUUUAACAAUGGAUUCUCCAGGAUCCCAAGCUUUGGAAGUAGCUAAAAAUAUGAAAGAUCUGGCAGUGUUUAAAAAACCAUUAGGUGUAGCAAAAAAAUAUAAAAAAUUACAACCAAAAAUUUUAGAUGAAGAUACAUACAUAAAAAGAAUGGGGGAAAUCAUUCAAAGGGACUUUUUCCCACAUUUAGGUAAACUUCAAGCACAAAAUCAAUAUUUAGACGCAUUAGAACAAAAUGAUGUAAAGAGGAUGAGAGAAUUGUAUGAAAAAUAUAGUUCAGGAAGACCAACAACCGAAAGACCUGCUAGUCCAGCCACGUUUGAAACACCUAUGAACAAAAUUGAAUCGGAAGAUGAGCAGUUCAAAUCUACAAAAGUACCAAAAGAUAUACCUGCUAAUACAGAUACAAAAGAAAAAGACAAAACAGAACCUACAACAGGAUUAGAUGCAUAUUUAAGUAUACACACAAGUGAAGACAAUGCAAGUUUUGAGGAGAUGAUGAUUGAGGCUGAAAAAAAGUUAAGGUUGAAAUAUGCAUGGCUUUAUGAAGCUGAAGAGAAUUGUAAAGCACUAACAAAUGGCAAAUCUUCAGAAGAUACCUUAGCUAUUGAAGGUAGUAAUGAUAAGCCUAAUCAGUUGGAUAGUUGGAAUUAUCAAAAUAAAAAUUAUAUUAUGUAUGUUCCUGACGGAGUUGAAUUAACUCCUGAUGAAAGGAUAGAUUUAGCCAAGAAAAAGCAAAUGGUAAUACAUGAAAAUACAAGACUUCGGACUAACCCUUUCAAUGAACAACAAAAUAAAGAAACUAUUAAUGAAUUAGCAAAAAGUCAAUCAAAAGCCAAUGAUGGAAAAAUUGGAGUUGAUGGCAAGGAAAUUGUGAGGAAUCCUACACCCAGAGUAAAUGGAUUUAGCUUUGUAGCAACUCCAAGUCCAAGACCUGGAGAAUGUGAAAGUCCUUUAAUGACAUGGGGUCAAAUAGAAGGUACACCGUUUAGAUUAGAUGGGGGAGAUACACCUUUAUUGAGAACAAGUCAAGGACCGUCAUUUAGAAUGGCAGAACCUCCAAAAAGAGAGCAGCUUGCAUUGCAACUAGCAGAGAAAGCUGGCGAAAGACAUAGAGACAGAAAAAACAAAGCCUUAGAAGCAGCCAGAAAAUCGUUAGCAACUCCAUCACCAAGGUCAACUAUAGAUCGUUUGAGUACUAUGUCUCCAGCAGCUAGAAGAUUAGCUACUCAAAAACUUCGAAUUGCAAGUACACCAACUCCACGAAGAGCAUUAUCCUCGAGGACACCAUCGAUAGGUAUCAGAACACCCAGCACUCCACGAAUAAAUACAGUUUCAAAACCUGAAAAUCACCUUGAACUAAAAAACAAUAGUAUGCGAUGCCAAGGUCCUGUUCUUACCGAUAAUUUACUUAAUCUGCCUCUUCAAAGGCAAAGGGCAGCUGAUUUCUUUAAUAAGUGAGAUGUAGGAAGGUGUGUUAUACUGUAUAUAGCUGUAAAU